UUUUCCACGUUUUCUCACACACCAAACACACGCAAAUGCUCAAAAGCGCGGGAAUAUUGGCUUCAUAAGUAUGUGCAUAUUUGGUUAGCAUUUCAUUGAUUCUUUCAGAACUGUUAGACAGGACAUGCAAGAGCAAGAACCCCAAGAGUUUUGUUGUUUAUCAUUUUGCUACACUGGGUGACAAAACUUUUUAGCAUAGAGUGAGGAUUUUAAUUCGGCCCGUUGUUCAAAAUCUUGAGGUUUUGGCAACGGCUGGAGAAGUAAAAAAAUGGCGGCAGCAUUGGUCGGAGAGGACUUGGUGAGGCAGAUGAGUAGUAGUAGGAGUUGGCGGUCGACGAGUACGAGAGAGAUGUGGAAUGAACCGGACGUGUUUCAGCGGAGUGGCCGGCAGGUGGCGAACGACGAGGAGGAGUUGAAGUGGGCGGCGAUAGAGAGGCUGCCCACGUAUGAUAGGCUGAGGACAGGGAUGCUAAGACAGGUGAUGAGCAAUGGGAGGGUUGUGCAUGGUGAGAUUGAUGUCACAAAGCUUGGCACUCAAGAAAAGAAGCAGUUGAUGGAGAGCAUUCUCAAAUUUGUUGAGGAGGACAAUGAGAAGUUCCUCAGGAGGCUCAGGGCCAGAACUGAUAGGGUAGGAAUAGAGAUUCCUAAAAUUGAAGUUAGAUUCCAGAAAUUAUCAGUUGAGGGAGACGCAUAUGUUGGGACCAGAGCACUUCCAACCCUGCUUAAUUCCACCUUGAAUGCAGUAGAGGGAGUUCUUGGAAUCAUUGGACUCUCUCCAUCAAAGAAAAGAGUUGUCAAGAUACUCCAAGAUCUAAGCGGCAUAGUCAGACCAUCAAGGAUGACAUUGCUUCUGGGGCCUCCUGGGUCGGGGAAAACAACGUUGCUACAAGGACUUGCUGGGAAAUUGGCUGAUGAUUUAAGGGUAACUGGGAAAGUCACCUACUGUGGUCAUGAAUUCAAUGAAUUUGUAGCUCAAAGAACCAGUGCUUACAUUAGCCAGCAUGAUCUCCAUUAUGGUGAGAUGACUGUUCGUGAGACAUUAGAUUUCUCCGGACGUUGUCUAGGAGUUGGUACCAGGUAUGAAAUGUUGUUAGAGCUGUCUAAACGGGAGAAAAAGAAGGGAAUUCAACCAGACCCUGAGAUUGAUGCCUUCAUGAAAGCUACAGCUUUGGCCGGACAUGAGACGAGUUUGACUACAGAUUAUGUUCUCAGGGUUCGUCAUUUAGCUUGUUGGUUCAUUUUAUAUUUUUCUUGUAUGCUAUAUGAAGAGCCUAACUUCUUAUGGUUUCCAAUACAGAUACUCGGAUUGGAUAUUUGUGGUGAUAUCAUGGUGGGAGAUGACAUGAGAAGGGGUAUUUCUGGUGGACAGAAGAAGCGUGUAACUACUGGAGAAAUGUUGGCUGGACCAGCAAAAGCAUUUUUCAUGGAUGAAAUAUCAACGGGGCUAGACAGCUCCACUACAUUUCAGAUUGUCAAGUUCAUGAAACAGAUGGUUCAUAUCAUGGAUGUCACCAUGGUCAUCUCUCUCUUGCAGCCUGCGCCUGAGACCUUCGAUCUUUUUGAUGACAUUAUUCUUCUUUCUGAGGGUCAGAUUGUUUACCAAGGUCCGCGUGAGAAUGUUCUUGACUUCUUUGAAUAUACAGGCUUCAAAUGUCCAGAGAGGAAAGGUGUUGCAGACUUUCUACAGGAAGUAACUUCCAAUAAGGACCAAGAACAAUAUUGGUUCAAAAAGAACCAACCUUACAGAUAUAUCUCUGUACCGGAGUUUGUAAGGGUCUUCAACUCCUUUCACAUUGGCCAACAACUCUUGGAAGAUUUAAGAGUUCCUUAUGAUAAAUCCAGCACCCAUCCUGCUGCUUUGGUGAGAGAAAAGUACGGGAUCUCCAACAUGGAACUCUUCAAGGCUUGUUUAUCGAGGGAAUGGUUACUGAUGAAGCGCAACUCAUUCAUACAUAUAUUCAAAACUAUUCAGAUAACAAUCAUGGCUACAAUAGCAUUGACUGUGUUCUUAAGAACAGAAAUGAAAUCUGGUCAAAUAGAAGAUGGAGCAAAAUUUUGGGGAGCACUAUUUUUUAGUCUCGUUAAUGUCAUGUUUAAUGGGAUGGCAGAACUUGCAAUGACGGUUUUCAGGCUUCCUGUGUUCUUCAAACAGAGAGAUUUCUUAUUCUACCCUGCAUGGGCUUUUGCAGUGCCCAUUUGGCUCCUUCGAAUUCCAAUUUCAUUGAUGGAAUCUGGUAUUUGGAUCAUUCUUACAUAUUACACCAUUGGGUUUGCACCUGGGGCCAGUAGGUUCUUCAAACAGUUCUUGGCUUUCUUUGGCAUACAUCAGAUGGCACUUUGCCUCUUCCGUUUCAUUGCAGCCGCGGGAAGAACUCAAGUUGUUGCAAAUACACUUGGUACCUUUACACUACUAAUGGUAUUCGUGCUUGGAGGUUUCAUUGUUUCUAAAGAUGACAUUGAGUCGUGGAUGAUAUGGGGCUACUACAUUUCUCCCAUGAUGUAUGGACAAAAUGCAAUUGCUAUUAAUGAGUUUCUUGAUGACAGAUGGAGCACUCCUAUAGUCAACUCUAGUCAACCAACUGUUGGAAAGACCCUUCUCAAGGAAAGAGGCCUGUUUACUGAAGAAUAUUGGUAUUGGAUUUGUAUUGCAGCACUCUUUGGGUUUUCUCUUCUGUUCAAUCUUCUUUUCAUUGCAGCCCUGACAAUUUUGAAGCCUCUCAGUGAUACCAAAGUUGUGAUUCUGGAUGAUGAGUUCGAAAGCAAGCCUAAGCAACAAUUGGAAUCCGAUUUAGAAGGUAUAGAUAUGCAAGUGAGAAAUGUUCAAGGAACUGUCAACUCUGUUCAAGCUAAGCGAGGAAUGGUUUUGCCUUUCCAACCCCUUUCACUUGCUUUCAACCAUGUGAAUUACUAUGUUGAUAUGCCAGUAGAAAUGAAGAGCCAGGGUGUUGAUGAGACUCGACUGCAGUUGCUGCGAGAUGUUAGUGGCGCUUUCCAACCUGGUAUACUAACAGCAUUAGUUGGUGUCAGUGGUGCUGGAAAGACUACCUUGAUGGAUGUCUUAGCAGGAAGAAAGACUGAUGGAUAUAUUGAAGGAAGUAUUAGCAUCUCUGGUUACCCAAAGAACCAAGCCACAUUUGCUAGGGUGAGCGGUUAUUGUGAACAGAACGACAUCCAUUCCCCGUAUGUUACUGUAUAUGAAUCUUUGGUAUACUCUGCCUGGUUGCGUCUUGCUUCGAAUGUAAAGAAGGAAACACGAAAGAUGUUUGUCGAUGAAGUUACGGAGUUAGUUGAGCUUAACUCAUUGAGGAAUGCUCUAGUUGGACUUCCAGGAAUUGAUGGUCUUUCAACUGAGCAGAGAAAGAGGCUCACCAUUGCCGUGGAGUUGGUUGCUAACCCCUCCAUCAUCUUUAUGGAUGAGCCCACAUCAGGCCUUGAUGCUAGAGCUGCUGCUAUAGUCAUGCGUACUGUAAGAAACACAGUGGAUACAGGACGAACUGUUGUUUGCACAAUUCACCAACCGAGCAUUGACAUCUUUGAAUCGUUUGAUGAGCUCUUCUUGAUGAAAAGAGGAGGACUAGCGAUUUAUGCCGGACCUCUUGGUCUCCAUUCUCACAAACUUGUUGAAUACUUUGAGGCUAUCCCAGGGGUUUCCAAGAUUAACAAAGGAUACAAUCCGGCUACUUGGAUGUUAGAUGUUAGUUCUACUGCAAUUGAGGCUCAACUUGACAUUGAUUUUGCGGAAGUUUAUGCCAACUCUGACCUUUACAGAAGAAAUCAGGAACUUAUCAAGGAACUAAGCACUCCACAACUAGGUUCUGAGGAUCUUUACUUUCCCACACAGUACUCCCAAAGCUUUAUAACUCAAUGCAUUGCUUGUUUUUGGAAGCAGCAUUGGUCAUACUGGAGAAACUCACAGUACAAUGCAAUUCGUUUUUUCAUGACGAUUGUCAUUGGUAUUCUUUUUGGUGUUAUCUUCUGGAGCAAAGGAGACCAAAUACACAAACAACAAGAUCUGAUUAAUCUAUUGGGAGCUACCUAUGCUGCUGUUUUUUUCCUUGGAGCUACCAAUGCUUCUGCCGUGCAGUCUGUGGUGGCGGUAGAAAGAAUAGUCUUUUACCGCGAAAGAGCAGCUGGAAUGUAUUCAGAGUUGCCUUAUUCAUUUUCUCAAAUGGCUAUUGAGACAAUUUAUGUUGCAAUUCAAACAUUUGUGUAUUCUCUUCUUCUAUACUCGAUGAUUGGAUUCCAGUGGAAGUUGGAAAAGUUCUUGUAUUUCUACUACUUCCUAUUCAUGUGCUUUACAUACUUCUCAAUGUACGGGAUGAUGGUUGUUGCACUGACUCCGGGCCAUCAAAUUGCUGCAAUUGUUAUGUCCUUCUUCCUGAGCUUUUGGAACUUGUUCUCUGGUUUCCUCAUCCCUAGGCCGCUGAUCCCCAUAUGGUGGAGGUGGUACUACUGGGCUUCCCCAGUCGCUUGGACAAUCUAUGGAAUUUUCACAUCUCAAGUUGGAGACAUGAAGAAUUUACUUGAAAUUCCUGGUUCAAAACCAAAGGCUGUAGAUGCAUUCCUUAAGGACUACAUGGGUUUUCACUAUGACUUUCUUGUCCCUAUAGUCUUCGCCCAUAUUGGUUGGGUCCUCCUCUUCUUCUUUGUCUUUGCCUAUGGCAUCAAAUUCCUUAACUUCCAAAGGAGAUGAGGAACUUUAUUGUGUACCAAAAAAGCCUCUGUUUUCUCUCUCUCUCUCUCCAACUUUUGUAUAAUUUUGCUUGGCUUGGCUCUAUCAGAAUGUAAAGUUACUGUGAUUUAGUUUUCGCAGAUUUUCAUGUUUGAUUGUAGUUAUAAGUUUU